AUGGGAACUUUUAUUCAAUCGUUUGUAAUUUUACUUCCACUGCUCUCAAAUAUUAUAUCACAUGCAACAUACUUCAACAACUGUAGCCCAGCUUUGUGUUCUGUUACUCCCACACUUGGCAUACCUAAACGUUGUUCGUGUCACCAAUACUGCAACCUCUACAGUGAAUGUUGUUCUGACAUUAUUAAUAAGACAACUUUUUAUCACAAACAACCCUAUCGAUCAUCAUAUUAUAGUUGUAAAGACGCUGAUGGCUCGUAUUAUUAUCAAAUUGAUCGUUGUCCACCUAACUAUGAUGUUAUGGAAUACGUAAACAAUUGUGAAAAUCCUGACUCAGAUGAUCAACUACAAAACAUACCUGCUUUUGGUAAAACAAGUAAAAUACUCUAUAGGAACCUAUAUUGCGCUCUGUGUCAUGAAGAGGAAUUUAUUCUUUGGAAUCUUUUAUAUAAAUGUGAAUUCAGGCCCAAUGUAAGCUUCGAAGAUAUUACAAGUUAUGUCAAGAAUAGAUGCCAGUCAACUCUGAAACCUCCAUCAGAAGAUCUGGAGAAAUAUUUGUAUUCUUGUAUUCCAUAUAUUUCGAACUGUCCUCAUGGUAACAAUAACACGGAACAAAGAAUCGCAUGUGAAUCACAGCCCAUAGCGUUAAUAUAUUUAGAUAAGGAAGAAUAUUUUAUACGUACCAAAUAUAAACAUUUCAGGUUUUACAAAAACCGAGGCUGCGCCACAUGCAACGGGGUUUCUGAGGUUCCGUGUAAAGUGCCCUAUCCUAAAGCUAACGUGAAAGUUCUCCCUACGGUUUUAACAGUCCUUUUCAAUUAUCAUACAAAUUCUAUAAAGGUAACUGAUAAGUCCACUGCAAAGAAGCAUACACUGGUGGAGUUGCCAUCGUGUCCAAAACAAGCUGUCUACGAUAUCAAUACCAAUCAAUGUCGACAAGUUAUCUACCAUCCUCAACUAAACUGUACGACAACGAGUUUAAAUGAAUCGGAAUACUACAUCACCAACGAUGGUCGUCUCUACUUAAAUAAUACCCAACGUUUGCUGAACCAAUCAGAAUUCAUUCGUGAUUCUCAAGGUAUAAUAAGUAUCUGUGUAAACAAUGGUACCAAUAAGAUAUCAAAUAUCAAUGAUAUGUCAAAAUAUUCCGUAGCUGGGAGCUAUAUCACAUUAGUAGGACUCGUAAUCUAUAUUCCAGCUCUAGCAAUCACUAUUAUAGUCUAUAUCUGUAUACCUGAUCUCCGUACCUUACCAGGUAAAUUACUCAUUAGUCUUUUGUCAGCACUGUUUGUAGCUGAGCUUCUAUUUCUUAUCUCAUCACAAGUCACUACAUCUACAGUGCUGUGUAAAUCUUUAGCUGUUGUCAUGCAUUAUGCAUUUUUAGCGACUUUCUUCUGGAUGAAUGUCAUGUCAUUUGAUGCCUGGCACACUUUCUCAGGAUUUAUGCAGCUUCGAAGAAAAGGAAAAGGCACCAAGAGGCUUGCAUUGUAUUCCUUGUAUGCUUGGAUAUGUCCACUUGUAAUAGUAUCUGUAUCACUGAUAUUUGAGAACACACCUGGAAAUCAUGGUCUUUCUCCAGAAUAUGGAAUUGGUAUUUGCUGGAUUACAAAUGGAAAAAGUCUCCUAUGGUUUUUUGCGAUCCCCAUAAUGAUAAUUUUAUGCCUUAAUAUCAUAGCGUUUAUACUCACAAUCAGAGGGCUCUAUAUGGCCAACAAACUUUCUUCAAAAUUUUUAUCAGAACAUAAUAAACAGGAGUUCAUCAUUUCCAUAAAACUAUUCCUUGUAAUGGGACUUACAUGGACAUUCGCUUUUUUGUAUACAUUUACAAACAUUGAAGAAGUUUCUCUGUUAUUUUCUAUAUUAAACUCAUUCGUUGGACUAUUUAUUUGUUUAUCGUUUCUAUCAACAAAGAUUGUUCGUCGAAGCAUUCUUCGUAAUUUGCACAAAAUUUCAAAGUUGCCAACAAAAGAAUUUACUGAUGUUUCUUCUGUUUCUGAAACAAUGUCAAUGGAUAUAUCUACCAAAAGUUCAGGUAAUUAA